AUGACUAAGACGAGUAUUAAAGGACACGACGACCAUCCUUUGUGCCUGAUUAGCCAUGGUGACGGUUUGGAAUGCGAUGCUUGCGACGGGUCGUAUCGGGACGGCUUAUUUUGCGAUGAAUGCAAGUUUACUGUUCACAAGAAAUGUGCCUUUGUGUUUAACACACAAGAGACAUUGUUCAAGCACCCUUCUCAUGAUGGACAUGGUCUCAAACUUCUCACAACAUGGGCUCCUGGUAACACCGAUCCGAAAUGCCAUAUCUGCGGUAAAAACACCAAGCGCCUUCUUUUUCAUUGUAAGAAAUGUAAUCUCAAUUUGGACAUCGAUUGCAUGGUUGAUGCCAUGUGUGCCCGAGCAAAUCUGAAGAUGCCGUGGCACCAUCAUCCUCUGCUCUUUGUCUAUCUUGAUGGUUGUCUCUAUUGCGAUUUUUGUGGUCGUAGAUUCGAAGAAGGCUACUUCUGCCCUCUUUGUAGGUUGACGGUUCACGAGAGAUGUGUCUCUGUAUUUGAGUCACCGGAUAUCACUCGCACUUGUCAUGCCAAACACUCUCUUAAGCUUCUCACCCAAGGAGCUCCUGACUACACUGAUCUAAAAUGUCAUGUGUGUGCGGAUAACACUGGGAACUUACUUUAUCAUUGUGAUAUCUGUAAGUUCAACUUGGAUCCUGAUUGUGCGAUCAUAAGCCCACCACCGGUUUCUCUUUCAAAUCUGAAGGUCCAUGACCAUAAGCAUACACUCACGCUCAUGCCAAGAUUAUUGUCAUUUGUUUGUGAUGCUUGUGGGGAAACAGGUGACCGUUCACCUUACGUCUGUCUUCAAUGCAAUUUCAUGAUCCAUGGAUAUUGUGCUUAUUUUCCACGUGUCAUUCAUAUCAACCGCCAUGACCACCGUGUUACGUACACGUAUCCUCUUGGUCCGGGAGAAUGGAAAUGUGGAGUUUGUUGGGAAGGCAUUGAUUGGUCAUGUGGGGCUUAUUCUUGUUCAACCUGUCCUAAUAAUUAUGCUGUUCAUUCAAGAUGUGCAACAAGAGAUGACGUUUGGGAUGGGGAAGAGCUUGAUGGGGUACCUGAACAAGUUGAAGAUAUUGAGCCAUUCAAGACGAAUGAUGACAACACAAUCACCCAUUUCUCUCAUAGUGAACAUAAUAUGAGCCUCAACAAAGAUGGUAUAGCUUUGGAGGAAAGCAUCUUUUGUGAUGGAUGUGUUCGUCCCAUUGGCUCUAACACGUUCUACAGCUGUUCGGAUUGCAGUUUCAUUCUACAUGAAAUAUGUGCUAAUCUUCCGAAGAAGAAACGACAUUUUCUCAGCCCAAAACCUCUUACUCUCACGUACGGCGGUUCUGUUGAGACUAAUGAAUGCUAUGCUUGUUUGCAACGUUUUGGCAGAGGAUUCAUGUAUAGAGAAGAUAUUUACAGAAACGUCGACUUACUAUGCAGUUCGAUAACUGAGCCGUUUGUCCAUGGAAGCCAUCCUCAUCCUUUACUCUACAUCAACGUAGAGCAUGAUGAGGAGCUUACGAAGACAUGUCAGGGUUGCGGCAUACGUACAGAAGGAAUGGUCUUAGGUUGCACCAAAUGCAGAUUCUACUUGGACUUUAGUUGCGCCACUCUACCAUUAACGGUAAGACUUGACAGGUAUGAUGAUCAUCCACUCACUCUUUGUUACGGUGAAAAGGUAAGCGGCAAGUAUUGGUGCGAUAUUUGCGAAACAGAAACAAAUCCAGAGACUUGGUUUUACACUUGUAAAGAUUGUGGGGUCACUUUGCAUGUUUUCUGUGUGGUUGGGGAUUUCAAGUGCGUUAAAUCAGGAGAUGUGUACUAUGAACAUAAAUUGUUAUCAAACAGCAGCUCUUCACGGCCAACUUGCAGCUACUGUCAUUGCCACUGCCCAGGAUCUUUCACCCUUCAUGAAAAUGGAAAAAAUGAAGAAUUCUUCUGUUCUUUCUAUUGUCUCAUUCUUUUCAAAGAAUGGAAUAGGUUCGACAAGAAGCUCAUCCUCCCUCCAUGGGUCAAUUAACCCAAGACUUGAAGAUGUGG